AUGAGCAAGUUCUCCGGCAAAGUCGUCAAGGAGUUUGCCAAGGGUGUCCCUUGGAGCAAAGUCAUCAAGAAGGCGGCAAACACCGAGCGAGGCCAACGCCUCUACCCCAGCAGAACGCCCAAGAAUGAUGCAAAGGAGAAUCUGCGGAUUGACAAGGGCUCGGUGGUGGACGGCAAGCAUCAAUUGGUUCUUCAGGCGAACAAGAACGCUUCGCACCCGGGAGUAAAGGCAGCGGCGGCUGAGGAUAGUCACAAGAUUUGGGCCACAAUUGUCGUUGACCCAGAGAACCCGGAUGAGGAGAAGGCCGAGAAGGAUUUGUUCGAUGCGUUUGAUAAGACGGAGUGA